UUGCAGCCUCCCCUCGGGCAGGACAGGCCCCGGGGCUCCCCCCCGGAGGUGUGUUGGGCCACUCAAGGCCACCCGUGGUUAAAAGGGAGAGUCCUCCCUCCCUGGGAGAGUUUGAGAUGCAGAGCUGGGAACAGCUGAGGUGGGACCAUGAGAGCUGCUCUCGGGGUGUUCCUGCUGUGCCUGGUGCUGCUCCCUCCCGUUGCAGCGCUGCCCAGGAAGGGGGAGAGGAAUUCCCUGAGCCCGGAGGAGAUGGAAGCAGAGGGGAGAAAUAGGGAAAAUGCGAGUUUGCAGGAACCAGCCAGACCCAGCUGGGCGGGGAGACCCAGGAGGGCCACUCGCCUCUUGCCCGAGCCAGGAGCCAAAUGCCCGCAGGGAAUGGCCGAGGAGGGCCGGCCCCGCUCCAGCGCGCACCCCUGGCCGCUGGGCGGGCUGGAGGGGCCGGUGUGCAGGGUGAGGAUGGAGCGGGACGGGGUCGCCCCGGGCCACCUGGACGUGGUGGGGGUCCUCACCCACUACGAGAGCGGCUUCAUCAAAGCGCUGCGGCGGCGCCGCGCCUGGGGCGGGAACGUCCUGCGGAGCUUCGGGCUGUGCCCGGCCCCGGAGGCGGUGGCGGCUCCACAUCCCCUGCAGCGCAUCCACGGGCACGUGGUGGAGCCGGGCCCGGAGCGAUUCCUCGUCCUGCACCUGGAGGAAGUGCAGUGGGAAGCGCAGGCGAAGCUGCAGUUCCAGCUGGUUUUCCAGGCGGAGCUGGGCCGGGCGCUGGGGGAGCUGCAGGCGGCCGCGAUGCUCUUUUACCUGGGCCGGCCCGAGGGCUCCGGGCGCCCGCAGGAGCUGCUGGUCACGGGCCCGGGACUGGCGAGGGACCAGAGGCUCUGCCUGUCCAGGGACACCCAGUACCUGGUCCUGGGAGCCGCCGCCGGCUCCGUCACCCGCGGCCCGGAGCAGCUCCGCUUCUCGGCAUCGCUGACGAUCCGCGGCGCCGAGGGAGGUGCCCCCCUGCCCCCCUCGGAGGUGCAGCAGCUCCUGUUCGGCUCUGAUGACAAGUGUUUCACCCGCAUGACCCCGGUGCUGCUGCUGCUGGCCAAGGCACGGCCGGGGGAGGAGGAGGAGGAGGAGGAGGAGGAGGAGGAGGCUUUGGCCCCUUCCUCCUACCUCUCUGCUGACGGGGUGGUGGACACGGCUCCGUACCCACAGCUCAGCCCACCCCAGGCCGGGACCGAGGAGCUGCCAACCCCCACGGCCCCGAGCCAGGCCAACACUUCAUCCCCAGCUCCCGGGAGCAGCAGCCAAUUCCUGGGAAUGCUGACCCGCUUCAUCCGGCAGGUCCUGAGCUCCUCCAGUGAGCUGCCCCCCCAGCCCAGCGCCCACCACUGGCUGGACUUCCAGGCGAUGGAGACCCUCCCUCACCAGCUGCUCAACCUGUCGGGGGAGGCGGCGCUGGAGCGGCUGGUGCAGUCGGAGGAGCCCUCGGUGCUGCUGUUCCCGCAGGACAGCGGGGCCGUGCUGGAGCAGCUCCUGGGGCACUGGCAGCCCGAGGGCACCGUGCUGGAGCUGCUCACGGGCAAACUGCGGGGGGUCAUCCAGGAGCUGGGGGACAUCCCGGCUUUCCAGGCCAACACGGCGCUUUUCCAGCACCUCCUGAGCUUCUGCUACUUCCCGCGGGGCGGGGAGGAGGGCGAGGCCCCGGAGCGGGUGCCGGGCUCCAGGAAGCUGCACACGCUGCUGCUGCUGAAGGCGCUGCAGUCGGUGCGGGCGCGCUGGCAGGAGCGCAGGAAGGUGCAGCGGCAGCACCGCAGCGCUCGGCCCCCGGCCCACUGCCGCCUCCAGGAGCUCACCAUCGACCUGCACGACCGCAAGUUCAUCGUCAUGCCCACCGUGUACGCGGCCAACAACUGCGAGGGGCCCUGCAGGCUGCCCCUGUCCACCCGCGUGCCCAGCUACUACUCGCACACGGUGCUGCUGCUGGGGAUGCAGGAGCGGGGGGCGCCGCUGCAGCGCCCGCCCUGCUGCGUCCCGGUGCGCUACUCCGACCAGCUCAUCAUCAGCCUCUCGCCGGAGGGGCUGGAGGUCCGCAAGUUCCCCAACAUGGUAGCAGAGGAGUGUGGGUGUCGGUGAGGCUCCUCCCGGCCCGCCCCCGCAGCUGGAGCUGGUGCUUCCCGUGGAGACGGGAGCUCCCGUGUGUCCUUUCCCCACGGUUUGGCUCGUUAGUGUCUCUCAGGUUUCUCUGGUGUCUCCUUUGCUCCUCACAGUCGCUUUUCCACCGCUCCCAGCCCCUUUGCUAUCCCCUCCCAGCCCACUCACCAUCUCCUCCCAGCCCCUUCCUGAUCCCCUCCCAGCCCUUUGCCACCCCCCGCAGCUCCUUUGCUCCUCACAGUCCCUCUGCAGCUGGAGCUGCCUGUCCCUGGGGGCUGCUCCCCAGCCUGGUGUGUCCCCACUGCCGAUUUUGGGGAUGCCUGUAGGGCUGAGCUGCUACGGGCUCUGACCCCGUGGGGGGGCUUUGGGCUGUGGGACCGUGAGGAGGGCAAAGCUUGGCAGAUCCAGCCAAGACUGCACUUAUUUAUCGCUGCCUUUCUGCUCCUAUAGUGGCUGGGAAGGGCAGGUGUUGCUUCCUCCAAGCCUUGCAGCAUCCUCUGGCCAUUUCCCAGCCCAUCCUUAGCCCCCCCUGGCCACAGGACUCCACCUGUGCCAGCAGAGCAAGAGGCCAAACCCCCUUGCAGGGACCGUCCCUGUGGGACUGGGGCUGUGGAGACCCACUGACCGUGGCCUGGGGCUCCUGGCCAGGUCACAUUCAUGUCACCUUGCCCUGACCCCGAUCCCAGAGGGAGGGAGUGAUCCUGUUACACCUCCUGGGCUCUCACACCAUUAAUGGGAGCGGGAGCAAAUGGCUGCCAGAGCACCUGCUCUGUGUCCCCGCCGGCAUCAGUGCCCGGAUCAUCUUUCCAGCUGAGCCCAGCCCUCAGACAGGGAGCCAAACCCUUGGGAAGCAGCUCCUGAGCUUGUCCUGGCUGCACCUCCCGGUGCUGGGAGCAGCUCUUGGGCUUUGCAGUGUCCCCAUAGGGCUGAGCUGGCAUCCACUGGCCGUGUCCUGCAGCCCCACAGGGACCCGGGGUACCCCUGAGCCCCUCAGCUCUGGGGGGCACAGAAAAUACACACACACAGCCAGAGACAAGGGCUUUUCUUGCUUUUUUUCCCUUUUCCCCCCCCCCCUUUCUUUUUAAACAUCCAGUUGAACACCUUAUUAAAAAUGAAAAUAGUUUAUUUUAACCUCUAUUGACUCAGCAAAUACCGAAACCUGCCAUGGGUUGGGGCUGUGAACGUCUCCUGCAGUGGCUCCAGUGCUGUGUGAGGUUUGCACUUGUGUUUCCUUCCUGAAAGGUGAAGGCAAAGCCUGAAGGGAUCCCCAGUGAGGGGCUCCAACCUGGUUCUGUUUCCUGCAAGUUCUGUGCCACCCUCAGCGAUGGCACCGAGUGAGGCUGGGGUGGUCUGUCCCCGAUGUCCCUCUGGUUCUGUAACCCAGGAUAUUCUUCUCUCUUGAUUUGCUUUAAAUAAAACCAGUAAUUGAAGAGCUG